CUCGUGCGGUGUUUUCACCAGUUUCCUAUUCGGAUGUCAUGGAACACGGAACACGGCACUGCGAUGGACGUCUUUGAGUUUCACGCAAGUUGGGGAUGGGAUUCUCUUCACUAUGGCGGACGUAGAAUAUAUAAAGGCGACGGUGGACGGUCGAUUCUGGCAUCAUCAGCAUCUCAUUCAAAGCAAUCAAGCAGUCAAUACAAACAUUUCCUUACAGGUCUCUUCUCUCUGAAUAUCUUCAACCAAACACAUACAUCAUGUCUUCAGUUACCAACGGCUCCCAGUACGACUUCAUCAUCGUCGGUGGAGGUACUGCCGGAAACACCAUCGCCGGUCGUUUGGCUGAAAACCCCAAUGUGCGCGUGCUGGUGAUCGAGGCCGGCAUCGACAACCCGCACGAGGUGGAAGACAUCACCACUCCCUCCAAGGCCUUCGGUCUGCGCGGCAGCAAGUAUGACUGGGCCUACAAGACCACCAUGAUCAAGCGCGAGGACUACGAGCGAGUGGAGAAGCCCAACACUCGCGGUAAAGUCCUCGGUGGUAGCUCUUGUGCCAAUUACUUUACCUGGAUUCCCGGUUCCAAGGCCACCUUCGACGACUGGGAGGAGUUCGGCGGGCGCGACUGGACCUGGGACAACUGUGUGGAGUAUCUGCGCAAGUGUGCCACCUACCAUGACGACGAGAAGCUGUACCCCUCAGAUCUGUCGAAGAUCGGAACCGGUGGGCCGCUGCAAAUCUCCCAUGCGGAGCUCGUCCCCGAAAUGCAGCCCUUCCGCGAUGCCCUCACCCAGGCGUGGGUGUCCAGCGGCGAGCCUCUGACCGAGGACAUUUUCGCCGGCGAGAUGCACGGUCUCACCCACUGCGUGGACACUAUCUACCAGGGUCAGCGACAGGGUAGUUUCCUCUACCUUCUCAACAAACCCAACGUGACUGUGCUGUCCUCGGCGCAAUCGAAGCGUCUCAUCAUCGACCCGGCCACCCGCGUCUGCUCCGGCGUUGAAGUCAUCAACCCGGCCACAGGGGCACAGACCAGCGUGUAUGCCACGCGGGAGGUCAUCCUGUCGCAAGGCGUCUUCGAAACGCCCAAGCUGCUGAUGCUCAGCGGAGUGGGUCCCGCAGAGGAGCUCUCCAAGCACGGCAUUGAUGUCAUCCUGAAUUCCCCACACGUUGGUCAGCACCUUCUAGACCACCCCAUCGUGCCGUUCGUGCUGCGGAUCAAGGACGGCUUCGGUCUGGACGACCAUCUUCUCCGCGCGGGUCCCGCCAACGACGCCGCCGUUGCCGCCUACCGACGCGACAAGACCGGACCCGUCGGCUCGGGUCUGCUGGAACUGGUCGGUUUCCCUCGCAUCGACGAACGAUUGAACCAGUACCCAGCCUACCGGGAGGCGAAGGCGGCCAACCAGGGCCUGGACCCGUUCGGACCCGGCGGCCAGCCUCACUUUGAGCUGGAUUUCGUGGGCAUGUUCAGCUCCGCGUUCCAGUGGCACUACCCGGUGCCGAAACAGGGCAACUACAUGACUGUGAUCGUGGAUCUGCUGCGUCCGGUGUCCGAGGGCGGCGAAGUGAAGCUGAACAGCGCCAACCCCUUGGUGCAGCCCAACAUCAACCUGAAUUUCUUCGGCAGUGACCUUGACGUGUUGGCCAUGCGUGAGGGUGUUCGCUGGACCUACGACGUCCUCACCAAGGGGGCCGGAUUCAAGGACAUCGUGGAGCAGGAAUACCCGUGGGAGAUGCCGCUGCACUCGGACGAGGCGAUGAACAAGGCGGUGUUGGAGCGCAGUCAGACUGGAUUCCAUCCCUGCGGAACCGCUCGUCUGUCGAAGAGUGUCCACCAAGGUGUAGUCGACUCGAAGCUCCGGGUCCACGGCAUCCGCAAUCUGCGCGUGGCAGAUGCGUCGGUGAUCCCAGUCAUUCCCGACUGUCGCAUCCAGAACUCGGUCUACAUGAUCGGCGAGAAGGGAGCCGACAUGAUCAAAGCCCAGCACAAGGAUUUGUACGAGAUGAAGAACAUUGCCUAUUUCGUGCCCAGUCGACUGUAGAAUGAGGGGGGUGAAGAAGAGAAGAGGAAUGAAAGAAGGAAGUUCUGGGGAAAGGGAAGAAAGCGGGGAAGUGAUUGAGAUUUGUCUUGCUUCAAGAAAGUAUUUUCUGGCCGGAAAGUCAAGAACGGGUCUCGUGGCGCAAUGGUAGCGCGCUAGCUUCCGGUGCUAGCGGUUGUGCGUUCGAGUCGCACCGGGAUCGUCUUUUUUUUGUUUUUUUUGUCUAUCUGUGUUCCAUUACGGAUCCUCCCGCUUAAUUUAUUUGAUCUGAAC